UGUGCAAUGAAUACAUCUAAGAAUUUUUUUUUUUUUUCAGAAAUAAUAUCGAAUCUUGAGAGAACUCUUGCCGAGGGACGUAAAGCAUCUAACGUGGAUAUCCAGGUUAUGUUCCAGUGCAUAUCAAGAUGUCGUUUUCUGGUCCAGCAGCUAAUUAAAAAGGAGGGGGACCAAUUCUACAAGAAUAUAGUGCUUCAGUUGGAAGAAACCCUAGCAACUCAAAUAAACAUCUUACAAGCAAAAAUUGAACAGCUUAACGGGAAAAAGAUACAGGUUACGCAAGGUGACCCUCAACAGCGAGGGCGCAGAAGUGCUAUAGAGGACACGAUCAUCACGAAGGGCGGCAUCAGAUUCCAGGAUAUUGCCGGCCUCAAAGACGCCAAAGAAGCUCUGAGAGAAGCCAUCAUAAUUCCAUUAUUGUUUCCUCACCUGUUUACAGGAAGCAUCAAACCCUGGAAGAGAAUUCUUCUGUAUGGACCCCCGGGGACGGGGAAGUCCCGCCUGGCCCAAGCCGUGUCCUCUGAGAUCAAGUCCACAUUCUACUGCGUGUCCAGCUCCGAUCUCGUGUCCAGCUGGGUCGGCGAAAGUGAAAAGUUAAUAAAAGAACUGUUCCAACAUGCGACUAAACAGACCGGACGAUCCGUGGUCUUUAUUGAUGAGAUAGACAGCAUCUGUCGUCAGAGAAGUUCCCGGGAGGAGGAGUACACGAGGCGAAUCAAGACGGAGCUCCUGAAGCAGAUGGAGGGGGCGGAUACCGCCGACAGCUCGGACCAGAUCUUCCUCCUGUGUGCCACCAACUGUCCCUGGGAACUGGACUCCGCCUUCCUCAGGAGAUUCCAGAAAAGGAUAUUCAUACCUCUCCCAGACAAAGAGGCUAGAAUUGACUUGAUGAAAAUCCACACUAAAGACAACAAGGUGGUGAUGUCUGAUGAGGAUUGGUCAGUACUGGGGGCUCAGACAGAGGGUUACUCCGGAAGUGACCUCGCUAACCUGACCUUAGAGUCACUCUUCUGUCCAAUCAGAGAGCUACAAACGUCAAAGGAAUGGAAACAGAAAGAUGACCAGUUUGUGCCUUGUAAAGAUGGAGAAGAAGCGGAUGUGAAGGCGACGAUUGUGGAGAUUCCAGCUCACAAGGUUCGUCCCCGGGAAGUGACUUUGAAUGAUUUUCUGUCUGCUUUGAAAACGCACAGAAAAACUGUCACACAAGAUGAAAUUCAAAAGUUUGAAAACUUCACAAAAUCAAUGGGUGAACAAGGCUGAUGUGAAAAAAUUACAUUCGAAUUUCUGAUGAACAUUCUUCUGUGUGGAUUUAUUUUAAAGUCUGGAAAUAAAAAAAAUGGC